UCUGACAAGACACACGCGGACACAGUUCACUGUCCGGACCUUAACUUCCACACGAAGUUGCCACUCAGUCGCAUACAUAUACAGCACACACACACACACACACGCAGACAUCAUUUUCUUGGGCUUAGAGCUUUUCCCAUCCGUGCCUGCACAGUGUGAAAACUGAACAACUGCUUGCUGGUGAUGAUGUGAUGUAGUGUAGAGGACAGACACAUAAUUUAAUGCCUUAUUGUCACGCACAAGAGCACUCGGCAGCCACUUCUUCUUCUUCUUCUGCACCAAAAGAUGACUUCCAUGGUAACCCAAAGCGCACAGUCCACAGCCAUAAGCUCCAUGACGGCCACAAGUUCCUUUCUCAGAACCUCGAAGCCACCAGAUGAGAAUAAAAAUACAGAUGAAUACCACACAGUCCUUCUGGCCAUCUACUCUGUGGUUCUGCUCAGUGGUACAAUCAGCCUUAGCCUGAUGAUGCACAUCAUGAAGUCCAGCACGACAUCCAUCACCUCCAUCGCUGUGCUCAACCUCAUCUUCGCCCACUUCACCUUCCUCCUCACUGUCCCCUUCAGGAUUUACUAUUACGCAACCAACCACUGGAGCCUGGGCCUUGGGUGGUGUAAAGUGGUCAGCGGCAUGAUACACAUCCACAUGUACAUGUCUUUCAUCUUCUAUGUGAUCAUCCUCAUCACUCGCCUGAUGACGUUCUACCACAAAACUGCGUGGGUGGCCUCUUUCCAGAGGAUUCAUGCUCUCCUGCUCAGCGCCGUGGUGUGGAUGGUGGUGCUUGUUGUGGUCCCCUGCAUUAUCUAUUUCACCUAUGGCAAAGACUCUGCUGAAAAGCGCUUGGACAGCAACAAUAAUACCACACGUUGCUUCAAGUUUGGCAAAAAUAUAGAGUCUACUGCCAAGGUGUUCAACUACAUCAUAAGCACGCUGAUCAUAGUGGUGGCCACGGGGCUGACAGCCCUCCAAGCCAAUGUCCUGAGGGUUUUAUACAGGAAGGAUCGCCGGGGAUGCACCUCUCAGCAAGACUUCGGGGCUCAGCUGAAGAGUCUGUUCUUUGCCCUCAUCAUGGUGGUGUGCUUCAUCCCCUACCACCUGUUCAGGCUGAAUUACCUGGAGAACAUUGAACUGCAGAAUGUCAACGAGGUGUUUUUGAGUCUGACCACUUUCAACUGUUUGGACAUGCUCACCUUCUUGGGGAGGAGAACCUGCUACAUGUGCUUCCCAGGAAAGGCUAGUUAAAAAACUGCCGAUAGGAUGCGUGUGAGGGGGUCAACAGACUUCCUUUGCGUUUUCGUUUUACUUCGCUGUUGCCUUGUCAAAGUUUUUAAUAGGAAUAUUACCCAUGUCCAUCUCCACAGAGGCAGACAAUUGGAUAUAACAAUUAUUCACAAGGGCAUAAGAACAAUUAUCGAAACAGAUUAGCUUUGAAUUAAUAUAGAUAAAAUAUGAUUUAAAAAGACAAUUGUAGAAGCAUAUAAGUUGCGAAGUGCACAGAGGAGCCUGAAGAACUACCUCCAGUGCUGACUGUGCAUCUGAGUGCAAGAGCUUAAUACCAUCAGGAUACUUUCUGAGGUGAGGUCUCCUGUAUGGCAGUCUCCUACAAAAGGUGAGGAAGUUAAAAAGACAUUUUUCUUUGCCUUGUGUUUGAUGCAUGUAGGGGGGACACAGAAGGAAGGUUGCAACGUGAAUCAAUCUUUUCAGGUGGGACACAAAAGAAAGCAUCUGAUGUGUUUUUGUUAUUAUUAUUAUUAUUGUAUUUCAUUUUAAAUGGGGGUGCAAGGAAACUUUGAAGUGCAGGGGUGGUCGACCUAAAGUACAAAACCAGGUAGACCAAAUCUCCAAUCUAAGCUCUGUCAGCUGUAACAUGCUUUACUUUAUCUAUGUGCUGCAUUCUUUUUGUUUUGUUUGUUUUUUGCUAUGCGACUCAUUAAAAGUGUGACAUAAAAGAAACACCUGAGGCCAGAACUGAACAUUGGAUGUUAAUGUUAUGUGAGAUGUAUCUUAACCAACAGGCUACCGGGACACCACUUACACAGUGUUCCUACUGAUCAAAAUGUUGAACGAAUUAAAGUACUGUCAACUCUGUCCUUUGCUUUUUACUCGGAAUGAAUGAACUCUUGCCAUCUGCUGGUCUUUAUAUAUACUACACAGGCUUCAAACCUGAAAUGUGUAAUGCUGGAUUGUGCCAUCGGUCUUACAGUUCCCACAUUAUUUAUCCAAAAUGUGACUUAAUGUGAAAGACAUGUGAAUGGAAAUGAAAAAGUAAAUGUAUUUCAUUGUAUUUGCGAACACUUAACCCCUGUGUACAUAGCUGUAGUGUUCAGCUCCGCAGCUGAG